AUGGAGGAAAGCAAUGACGCAUUGUUCGACGAAUGGGAUCACGCCAUGCUCGAAGAGCUCUUUGUCCUCACUGCAAGCGCACCAAAACCAACCCCUAUUCCCAACCCUUCUUCUUCUUCCUCCAUCCCUCACGCGCUCCCAUGCACUUCCUAUCACCUUCCGCAACCGCUUCCUUCCGCUGCGAUUCCCUUCCUUCCCACCGCCUCUUCCUUCUCGCCUCCGAGAGAGCUCUCUCAGAGGACCACCACUGUCCCUGUCGAUUUCCAUCCCAAUCCCCCUUCCGACAAAGACCUCGAAAUUGAACACUUAAAGUUCCAAGUGAGGGAAAAAGAACAGAGGGAGCUGGAACAUGCAACAAAGCAGAUUGCAAAUCUGGGGGCAUUGACAAUCUGUUAUGAAGUUUAUGAGCUGAAGCUGAAAGUAACAACUGUUGGAGUAACUGUUGGUGAAUACGUGCCUAUCUCUACUGAGUUUAAGCCAUCAGCAGAAGGGUCAAGGGAUUUUGGAACUCUUGCUCCCAAUUGUCAUAAAAUCUCUUCAAAAUUUCAUAAUGGACUAUCUUCCAACGAUCCAAUUGUUGAAAGUACUUUUAAAGUCAAGGGAGUUAAAACGGACAUAGUUAGUCAUCAAGAAGCCCUAGGUACUCCAAGUGAUCUGCCUGCUUAUCUUGAUCUCUCCCAGAAGUUUCUGGCAAUAUGGGGAUCUCCAACUAAAAAGAUGGGACAUAAUUUGAUAUCCAAGUUGCUUGUGGGUUGUCAAAGAGAUUUUCAUAUUCUCUUUGGCUGCAUGAAUAUGAGUCUGCCCUCUGAAAUAACAAGAGAAUUAUUUUCAGAUUUAAGCUCUUCGGGAGUAGCUUUGCAUUACCUCAAGGAUCGUUUUCAUACUCCAGAGGCAGCAAAGAUGUCAAAUCUCUACCUUGCAUUAACAAAGAUAGCUGAUGGAACAGAUGUUUUGGAAACUUUAAUUGAACCACUGGUUGAUCUCUGUGGUAUGGAAAAUGUAAGGCUUAUUGAGUGGUCUUUGGCUCAUGUUGUUAUUGUCCACAGCUCUCUAUGUGUACUGCAUAUGCUUCUGAAGCUCAUAUUGGAAUUGGAAAAUAAUGUUGGAAAGAGUCUAUUUGAUCCUGUUAGUUGUGAUCAACUGCCCUGUGGGUGGAAUGAUGUACCUGGACCUGGUUUGGUUGUUCUUUUGGGUGUAGAGGGGCUUUGGGACAAUGUCUUCAUUGAAGGCCUUUGCAUUGGGAAGGACCUUGUCUCUGGUGUAAAAGAUGGAAAUCUUGUCAAUGAAGAAAUAAGCAAAAAAGCGAUCACAGAAGAAAGAGUGCGAGUGGAGGCAGUAUCUAUUAUGGAACUGCUUUUCCUGAGAAGUAAUGCUUACUUUGAGAGGGAGCAGUUUAGCCAGAAAAUAGUUUUUAAGACUAUUUCGGAAUUGCUUAAGAAGGAUGCUGGGCUGUGUGUGAAGAAACACGCUCUAAGACUUCUAUACUUGGUUCUGAAUUGUUGGGAUGGAGGUCCAAAACUGUUGGCUGCUUUCUGCUGUGGUUGCAGAGAGGGGGGUGAUAGCAAUGCUAUGGAUGAGAAUGAAUCGACUUCGGAUUUCCAAAAUUUUAAAAUCAUCCUUCAAGGAUUGUCUGAUUGUGUAGCCUCUCAUAGAGGUGGUUUACUGGAAUUGAAAGUAAGCAGAAAUGUGAUUCUUGUGUUGGCAUUCCUUGCAUCAUCUGGACAACCGGGUUUUGAAAUUUUUGUUGGUCAUAGGCUCUCUAGUAGAGGAAACUAUCUUUUGUUGAUUUUGCAAUUACUGGUAUCAGAGAUGGAUUUUGAAGCUGGAUCAUAUGAGCAGCAGCCAGAAAUUUUCAGGGAGAGGACAUUUUUAAUACGGGAGAUAUUGAUAUUACUUAACAGACUAGUGUCGAGUCCUUCGUAUUCUGCCACUGUCUUGCGCGGUUUAACGACUACUAGGGAUAUGGCUGGUUUGACAAUUGACGUUGCAAGCAGAUUAUCUCGGAAAGGAAAGAAAAAUGAGCGGCAGGACAGCAUGGUGAAGCAUAUAAGAGAAACUGAAAUCGUUGACCUUGCUCGCCUCUUCAAGAAAAGGGUAGGAACUGCUUCUGAAAUGCUGCACAGCACCAAAUGGACGCUGCUCCUUUUUUGA